UCGAUUUUUUUGUGACGUCACAUAAUUGCCUCUUUCUGAAAAUUUUAUGAACAGUUUUCUAAGAACUCGAUCUUUAUUGCUAUAUAAUCAUAUUCAUUUCAAUAAAAUUCUCAAUUCUUCUUUUCAUUUAUCUGUUAUAAAAAUAAAGAUGUCAUCUAAAAGCAAUGAAAUUAAUCAAAAUCUAAUUAAAAUGAACAAUAGGGAAGAAAAUUUAGACCUAAAAAACAAUGACAUAGAAAAUAAAACCCAUAAUGUUAAUAUUCUAAGUAGCAAUCAUAUGACAAAUUCUCAAAAACGGCGAUUAUCUCUGCUCAAUACUGACAUAGAAAGUUAUGUUACAUAUGUUGAAGAUAAUAUAACAAAGUCAGAAACAGACAAUUGCACAUAUAGAGGAUUAGAACUGAAAAAUAAGUUGAAGGUAUUAUUAAUAAGUGAUCCCGAAGCUGAUAAAGCAGCUGCUGCUUUAGAUGUCCAUAUAGGUAAUCUGAAGGAUCCAAAAACUAUACCUGGAUUAGCUCAUUUUUGUGAACACAUGCUUUUCAUGGGAACAAAAAAGUAUCCUAGUGAAAAUGAAUAUUCAAAAUUUUUAAAUGAGCAUAGUGGUUGUUCUAAUGCUUAUACUUGUGAUGACCAUACAAAUUAUUAUUUUGAUGUUGCUCCAGAACAUCUUAAAGGAGCUUUAGAUAGAUUCGCACAAUUUUUUAUAACUCCCCUCUUCACCCCAUCUGCUACCGAGCGAGAAGCUAAAGCUGUCCAUGCCGAAAACGAUAAAAAUCUACAACAAGAUUCAUGGCGAUUUCAUCAAUUGGAAAGACAUAUUUGUCACCCGGAACAAGAUUUUCACAAAUUUGGAACAGGUAAUAAGAAGACCCUUCUAACAACCCCCAAAGCUACGGGUCUUGAUGUGCAUAAAGAAUUGCUGAAAUUUCACCAUGAAUGGUACUCGUCCAAUAUUAUGGGCCUCGCUGUUCUUGGAAAAGAAAGCAUCGACGAAUUAACGGAAUGGGUUGUUGAAAUGUUUGGUGGUGUUGAAAACAAAAAUAUCACUAUACCCGAGUGGAAUCAAAACCCAUACACCGAAGAAUAUUUGCAAUUAUUAAUCAACGUGGUACCCGUUAAAGAUUUGAGGUAUUUUUACAUUACUUUCCCGAUACCUGAUCUCACUAAAUUCUACAAAUCGAGUCCCGGAAACAUAAUAGGUCAUUUGAUAGCACAUGAAGGGGAAAACAGUAUUUUAUCUUACCUCAAGGCCAAAGGUUGGAUUAAUAGUAUUUGUGGGGGAAGUCAACCCGGAGCGAAGGGCUACAUGUUUUUCACUAUAAGUGGAGAUUUGACGGAAAUAGGAAUAGAUAACGUGGAAGAAAUAAUCAGUACCGUUUUUCAAUAUAUUGAUAUGCUUAAAAGGGAAUUACCUCAACCAUGGAUUUUCGAAGAAUGCAGAGACAUUGGAGCUCUGCAAUUCAGAUUUCACGAUAAAAAGAUUCCCGACUCUUACGUAUCCGAUAUCGCUUCCAAAUUACAGGACUAUCCACUGAAUGAUGUAUUAAGUUGUGAUUACAUUCUCACCGAAUACAGGCCCGAUCUAGUUAUGAAAUUGUUGGAUUGUCUUACACCCGAAAGAAUGAGGGUGUAUGUGGUUGGACGUAAAUUUACUGGUAUGACAGAUCAAAAAGAACCUUGGUAUGGUACAGAUCAUAGCUCAAAAAAAAUAUCUCCUGAAAUUAUUCAAAAAUGGUUGAAUCCCGGGAAAAAUCCUAAACUGAGCUUGCCUAAGCCAAAUUCUUUUAUCCCCAACGAUUUUACAAUCUAUGCAAAAACUGGGAAAUCUGAGCAAACCCCAAUGCCAUACCUAAUAAAAGAUGAUCCCAAACUCCGAAUAUGGUUCAAACAAGACGACACCUACCUCCUUCCCAAAUCAUACAUGAAUUUUGAAUUUUUGACUCCUUUAGCUUAUUUGGACCCCGCUAAUUGCAACAUGACUUAUUUAUACGUUCAGCUUUUCAAAGAUGCCAUAACAGAAUAUGCGUACAAUGCAGAGUUAGCUGGAUUGUCAUACAAUAUGGAAAAUACCAAACAGGGCUUAAAUCUAUCAGUUAGAGGUUACAAUCAAAAACAGCUGAUAUUUUUAGACGAACUUUUUGCUAAAAUGAAAGAUCUUGUCAUCGAACCAAAACGUUUUGAAAUCAUUAAAGAAUCUCACACUAGGAAUCUCAAAAACUUUUUUGCCGAAUUACCUUAUCACCAUGCUAUGUAUUUUACGAACUCACUUUUGGACGAUUCUCAUUGGAGUAAAGAUGAGUUGAUUGAAUCCUUGCAAGACAUAUCUCACAAAGACGUUCAAAAUUACAUACCCAGACUAUUUGCUCGUUUCUGUCUGAAUUGCUUAGUUUACGGCAAUUUUACUAGCGAGCAGGCGUUUAGUGUGUCCUCUUUGGUCGAUCAAAACUUUGUCUCCACCAAACCCCUGUUUACUUCCCAGAUUAUCAAGAGUCGAGAACACGUUAUACCUAAAGGUUCGUAUUACAUUUACCAAGUCGAUAACCCAGUCCACAAGAGUACAGCCAUCGAUACCUAUUAUCAAAUCGGGCUAAGAGAUAUUAGAAACACGGCUUUGCUUGAUUUAGUCUCUCAAAUUAUUGGUGAACCAUGUUUUGAUAUACUCAGAACUAAGGAGCAAUUAGGUUAUGUUUGUAUGACCAGUGUUCGUCAAUCGAAUAGUGUUCACGGUUUAAGAGUCGUAAUACAAUCUGAUAGGAUGCCUUCAUUUUUAGAUUCUAGGAUUGAGGCUUUUCUUCUGCAUAUGGAAGAUUAUAUAUCGGAAAUGAAUGACAGCGUUUGGCAGAAAAAUGUCGAGUCCGUAAUAAUAAAUUUGAGUGAAAAACCAAAAAAAAUGGUGGAAUUAGGUUAUAAGUAUUGGGGUGAAAUAAUUUCCAACCAGUACAACUUUGACAGAGAUCAAUUGGAGAUUGAAGAAAUAAAAAGGAUUACCAAAGAUGAUCUUUUAAAAUUUUUUCAGGAAUUCUUUUCUCCCGAAUCUUCUGCUCGCAAAAAGCUGUCAACUCAUGUUAUACCUAGUAGUGAUGAAUUCACCUCGAAAGACGACACCGACAUUAUUAAAAUACAAAAGAAAAAAUCGCGUUACAUAAAUGACCCAGGUCAAUUCAAGACAGGUCUAGGCCUGUAUCCGCUCACGAAACCCUGCCUGGACGUGGGGAGCGCUGGUCUCAAGGCUCGUUUCGAGUUUCACGGGGCCUUAGAUGAGAAUAACGCUCAAGAGUUGAAAGAGGAGGCUAGUAACAAUUACGAUAUCCGUCGGCGUGCGCUGGAUCAUGAUUCGGAAGAUUCUGAGACCAAUUCUAGUCCCUCUAUUUCGGAACCACAUACUCCAGAAGAAGUCGAAAUGGAAGAAGAAGCGGAAGAUUUGAAGGAAGGGGAUGAAAAACAAGAGAAAAAAGUCACUUCUAAAAGUAAGAAGAGAGAGUUCUAUAGAAUGAUUUGAAUAGAAUAUAAAAAAAAUUUAUGUGAUUAUUGUUAUAUAUUAUAUAAUCCCUUCAGAGCCAAUUUUUAAAAAAAAUUUGACAAAAAUUUUAUAAUCAACACAUGUUUUUUAUAUAAACUCUAGACACUCUUUUUUUUAAAAAAAAUUUUUUUAUAAGCUUGACAGUAAUUUUGAAGAUCGCAUUUAUAAUUAUGUUGGAAAUAUUUGAGAUAGUUAAGUAUUAGAUAAGUUUAUCUUUAUAUUCAUUUCAUUAACAACGCGAUGUGCGCAAUUUUGUUUAUAUAUUAAAAUUUUAUAUUAAGACUAUCGAUUAAAUUCUACAUAAGGGUAUAUAAACUUCUAGUUUUAAAGCUGUCUUUUUUUAUAAGUUAGUUCAACUAUCUUUGAUAAGUUUUUUUAUGUAAUUGUAUAGUGGCCCUUUUAAUUAUUCUCAAUCCCGGUCAUUUUUAAAUGGUUUUUUUAAAAAUCUAGGUAAUUAUAUUUAUAGUAUAUAUUUUUUUAAUUUUGAGGAAAAAAUUUUGAAUAAAAUUAUAAAUUUUACCAAUUAAGAAUUCUAUUAUAAAGAAACUUUUUUAAAAUCAUAUCUUCGACACCUAUCAAAUAAU